GAUGCUUCGUGAUUUCAAUAACCGUGUCAAAUUAAACAAAAACAUUAUUGUGGGUCUUAUAUUUCACUAAUAAGUUAUUUGUUUAUUUUAUGGACGACAUAUCAUCUGUGGUGCUCGGGGGUAGUGUGGUCGAUCACCACUUUUGCCUUAAAAACAAACUUCAGGAAAAAGUUUACAUAACCAAAUCCCGGAAAAGGAGAGCGGAAGAUUAGCAUUGUUGUGAAAGGAGAAGGACGGUACGGAAGGCAGAAAAUUAGUCGAUUAUGGCUCUUUUCUCAAAUGGGUACGCUUUUUAAUGACAUUAUUUCGGUCAUCGUUCAUGUCCAGGGCGUUAAAGGCAAGUCCAAAUACCUUUCAAUACAACCCUGGAGCACUGGAAAGAUGGGGAUGUCUGAAUAACUAUGAAACAUCGAAGAGCAAUAACAAUCUAUUCUGUAAUGAUUACCUAACGUCUUGCAAAAAUGUGCCAACUCUGCCGUUAUGAUCAGUAGUGUUUUCCUGCCCCCAGCUCGCUUGUGUUCUCUAUGAAAUGAGCUGACUCUGGAUCAGUGCUUCCAGCAACAAAACACAAUGGCCAGAAUAUCCUGGUAUCAAGAGAAGAUUGGAGCCUAUGAUCAACAAGUCUGGGAGAAGUCUUUGGAGCAGACAGAUUUAAAUGAUUUGGACAGUAAACCCAGAAAGACCGGCCACAUCAAGUCAGACCUCAUCGAUGUUGACUUGGUCCGAGGGUCCACAUUCAGCAAAGCGAAACCACAGAGUCCCUGGACGGCGUUGACUCGUAAGGGUUUGGUCCGCGUGCUGCUGCUCCCCUUCUUCUUCCCGUGGUGGAUCCAGGUCACCUCCAAGACAAUCUCCUCAUGCAUUCUGCUCCUCUACUUUAUGCAAGUGGCCGCCGUGGCACUCUAUGUGGAAGUCCCUGGAGCAAGUGCCAGUGAGGUGUUCGGUCCCUUAUGCCUCAUGCUGCUCCUGGGGACCGUGCACUGCCAGAUUGUGUCUACCGAGUGCAGCCGCUCGCCCUCGGGUGGUCCUGCCACCAGCAACAUCAACAAUGGCAGCAUUCCGGCCCGUAGGAGGAGGCCCAGGAAGAGCAGGGUCCCAAAGAAGUUGGAUGAGAAGAAUGAGAGCGAGGAGAAGGAGCUGCAAGUCUCAUCGCAGUUUGAGGAAGUCCAGCGACCAAAGACAAUGAGCAAAAGAAAUUCUGGCUUCGGCGCGUCGGACGAGCUCUCGAGUGAGGAAGAAGAGGGCGUGCAACCGGUGGAUGUGAUUCCCUCCGGUCCUUGCCUGCCAUCUGCACCGCCUUCUUCUGUGCGCUCCAGAAAUUCCAGCAGCAAAGCUGCAGUCAGGCCUCAGGAAGGAGCUGGGGCCUUCAUGGCAAAGCCCCGGGAAGUGGAGCGUCUGCGACUCAGUGUGGGCUCCCGGCUGGCCUCCGACACAGACGACACCAUGUGGGAGGAACUCCUCCAGGACCCAGACACCGCCUCCACAGUGAGCAGUGACAGUGAGGACAACGGGAGGUUCGCUGGCGACUUUGCACUGCAGCAGACCACCACGCUGAGUAGCGAUGACGAGAGUCUACAGCAAGGCAUUGCAGGGCAUCAGCUGUCCUGGCUCCAAGCAUGCCAUCCUUCCAGGGACCGAGUCAGCGCCAUUAUAUGGGAGCAGGGAGAGUGUAAGAAAGCUGACAUGUCCGUACUGGAGAUCAGCGGGAUCAUUCUCUCUCGGGUGAAGCUUGCAGAGCAAGGCGUGGGCUACCUGGUGUUUGGCGGGUUAGUGACAGCCACGCUGGCACUCCUGCCCUUUGCCUUCCGCCUGGUACAGCGUCUGGACAUGUCCAACCUCAGCUCAUCGUCAGCGGCCGAGCUCCUCGAGAUCGCUUUUAACCCGGCUAACGCACACGCCUACGCCUUCUUCUUCAUCACCGCCGUGCUCAGGGUUUGCCUCACGGGGCUCUUCUUCUUCAUGAUGUGCGUGGCUGAGAGGACCUAUAAGCAGAGACUUUUAUUCGCCAAGCACUUUAGCCACCUGACAUCUGCUCGCAAAGCCAAAAAGUCAGAGAUCCCUCAUUUCCGGCUGAAGAAGGUGAAGAACAUCAAGAUGUGGCUGUCCCUUCGCUCCUUCCUAAGGAGGCGAGGGCCGCAGCGCUCCGUCGAUGUCAUCGUGUCCACCAUCUUCCUCCUUGCCCUCUCCAUCUCAUUCAUCAUCUGUGCACAGCUUUUGCAGAGCCAUAAGACCUUCCUAGACUCGCUGACCAACUGGGAACUGAUGCUGUGGGCCUCGUCGCUCGUCCUCUUCCUGCUUAGGCUCGCCACACUAGGUUCCGAGACCAACUGCAAGUAUAGCAACUCCUCGGUGCUGCUCACUGAACAGAUCAAUCUGUACCUAAAGAUAGAGAAAAAACCCAACAAAAAAGAGGAGCUCAACAUCGUGAACAACGUCUUGAAACUGGCCACCAAACUGAUGAAGGAGCUGGACACACCAUUCGGCCUUCUCGGCCUGACCGUCAAUCCACUCAUCUACAACAUCACUAGGGUGGUCAUCUUGUCGGCAGUGUCUGCCGUGGUCAGCGACCUGCUGGGUUUCAACAUUAGACUGUGGAAAAUCAAACCUUAAUGUGAAAUGCGGCAAAAGGCCUUCUCGGCAUUUAAAGCGGAAACAGACCCGCCUUCUAACCACACGUGCAAAGCUACUGAACCCUACAUGACGGCUCACACCAAUUUUGGAUUCUGUUUAAUGUGGUUUAACUUAGCCGGGAAAGUGAAAUACUGUACUGUCACCUGUGGUAUAAUGUGUGCCAUAUGAUGGCAGUAAUUUAACACAAGGUGAGCAUCCUAAGGUUUUUUUUCUUAUUUAUUUCAGCUGUAUGUAUGAUUGUUUUAAUAGACUAUGACCGCUAUGCAAG